GGUGAAAAUGUCCUUCCGUUUCGUGGGCGGGUCUUUUUUUGCUACGAGACACUUUUCCGGAAAUGCUUGCACGCUUGGUGAUGGCCGGACUACCGAGGAAGUUACAGGCCUGCCUGGUGGUCAUCGCCGGGAUUUUGACCUGCUGCUGCACUGGAUCAACCAUUUUCAAAAAGGUGGGUGAUGAAGUUGUCCUUAGGCCUAAUGCGGCUCCUGAGGACGUAAAAAGCAUCGUGUGGUAUCACGGACAAAACAUCGCCAUCGAGUGGGACGGACAAACCACGGAGGUGUAUCGCCAGUUCAAAAACCGCACGAGGCUGAACCACGCCAACGGGGAGUUGACCAUCACAGGGUUGAUGCAGAUUGACAGCGGCUCGUACUCAGCCGAGAUCAACUUCGACUCCACUGCACCGACUAAUCUCACUGUUCUAUCGCCCGUCCCUGAGCCUACUAUCCAAAAGUCCUGUGACGCUGAGAUGACUGAGUGCACUUUGACGUGUGCUGGCAACACCGCAGGUGCCGAACCCGUCAUUUACACCUGGAAGUUUGGCGAGUCCGUGAAAACCAACUUGUCCAAAGACUACAAAGUUCAAAAAGACAGUUUGGGCGAAGGCGAGAUCAGCUGCCAGCUGCAGAAUCCAGUCAGCAAAAAUGUCAGCCCGUCUACUCCCAACCCGUUUCACACUGGCGGAGAGGGCAUGAAGCUCAACGCGGGACUGACGGUCUUCAUCUGUCUGCUGACUGCAGUGGUGCUGCUGGUGCUCUUACACAAAUGUAGAACAGGCAUGUGGUUCUUCCGAAAAGAGUCCAAUCCGUGGGAAGCAGACUUCUGGAGGAAGACGGAGAGGCAACGCGAAGACGCUCUUGAAUCAAACGGCAGAACAAGCCAUCAAGAAAAAGCACAAACAGAAGAAGAGGAAGCAUCAAUGACAUAGGUGGUCCAAAACCUUGCAUUUAGCAGCAAUCUGAUGGUGGUUAGUGUGAGCGAGAGCCAUACCAUGACUGUCUACCACCUCGAUUAGGCCAGGAAAUCCCUAUUUUGUCCUUCUCUCCCAGCAACUUCCUGGUCCCGUUUAACCCCCCCAUGCCCCCAUCCCCUGGAUUUUGCUCUCCAUGAAAAGCUAUCGGGUCCAUUUGACUCAAGCCUCGCGUGGCGAGUUGCAUGUUACGUGAGUCAAUCAAAUCAAAAACACAAGAGAUGAUGAACAUGAAGACGACGGAGUAGACAUUUCUGCCAACUUUGUGCAGAUAUUUUAAAAAAUGAGAGACAUUAUCUUUACCUAAAGAGCAUGCAGCUUGUCACACUUCAUUCACCUAAUGCUUUCUGUUACUUUGAGGAAGACUGGUUAGCCAGCCUAAAAAAUGUCUCAACUGGGGAUGUUCCGAUCAGGGUUUUAUGCUGCCUAUUCGGUCGAUAACAAUCACAUGUAUUACCUGUAGAUUUUUUCAAUAUUUAUGAUGAACGCUAUUGGCUGUGUAAGAAUAUUUAUCCAUCCAUCCAUCCAUCAUCUUCCGCUUAUCCGAGGUCGGGUCGCGGGGGCAACAGCCUAAGCAGGGAAACCCAGACUUCCCUCUCCCCAGCCACUUCGUCUAGCUCUUCCCGGGGGAUCCCGAGGCGUUCCCAGGCCAGCCGGGAGACAUACUUAUUACAUAGACUUAUUUAUAUAGUAUUUUAACUUCCUUAUUUUAGUUUAAUAAAUACAAUUAAUUCAAAUAAAGUCAAUAAUACACACAAAUUUUAUACCAGUUCCUUAUUUUAGUUUAUUAAAUACAAAAGGGACAAGCGGUAGAAAAUGGAUGGAUGGAAAUACAACGUUUUUGAUCGACAUUAAGGCAUUUGCCGAUCAAAUGCUUACGGUGGGGCAAAAAAGUAUUUAGUCAGCCACCGAUUGUGCAAGUUCUCCCACUUAAAAU